AUGGCGGAGAUCAAGGACAUCAACGCCGCCGCCACGUCGCAUUCGGACGCCUAUGAGAAAGGUCCGAUUCAUGAGCAAGGCCGUCGCCGCUCUAGUGUCGCCGACCUCAAUCGCAAUACAAACUUGGAUGCCAAGAUCUCUAACCCUCUUGCCGGCAUCCCCCGCGAAGAGCUUUUCGCAGAUGUAGAGCAAUUUGUGCAAGACGCCGGACUCAGCUCAGACAUUGAACUCUUCAAACGAGGCGCACUCGUCGCGCAGAACCCGGGCAGCUAUGAGACUCUAGAUCUACCCGAGGAGGAGAGAGAUGCUCUCCGUUUCGAAGUCACCAAGAAAUGGCACCAUCCUCUGAAGCUCUAUGUCACCGUGGCAGUCUGCUCGAUUGGUGCCGCUGUACAAGGUUGGGAUCAGACUGGAACCAAUGGCGCCAAUCUGUCCUUCCCUGAGGUCUUCGGUCUCGACACUGGCAGUGAACGCGACUAUUGGAUUAUUGGCCUGGUCAAUGCUGCUCCGUACCUCGGUAGCGCAUUCGUCGGCUGCUGGAUGGCAGAUCCCUUCAACUUCUAUCUCGGACGCCGCGGUACGAUUUUUGCAUCCGCAAUUAUCCUUAUCGCUACUCCUCUUGGUGGUGCCUUUUGCAAUACCUGGGAAACAUUGUUUGCAACUCGUAUCAUUAUGGGUCUUGGCAUGGGUCUAAAAGGUGCAACAACGCCCGUCUUUGCUGCCGAGAACGCCCCAGCAGCCAUCCGCGGUGCACUCGUCAUGACCUGGCAGUUUUGGACCGCGUUUGGUAUCUUCUUGGGCACGGCUGUAAAUCUGGCUGUCUACUAUGCUGGAUCUAUCGGCUGGCGUCUGCAGAUUGGAUCGGCCUUUAUCCCUGCUGUCCCUCUCGCCAUCUUGGUCUACAUGUGCCCCGAAUCUCCGAGAUGGUACAUCAAGAAGGGCAGGCAUGCUGAGGCUUACUCAUCACUGCUCAAGCUGCGGAAGCACCCUCUUCAGGCCGCUCGUGAUCUAUACUACAUCAACACCCAGAUCCAGAUCGAAGAGCAGAUCGUUGGCGAGUCCAACUAUGUGAGCAGAUUCAUUGAGUUGUUCACAGUCCCUCGCAUCCGACGAGCAACCUUGGCCUCCUUCAUCGUUAUGAUUGCUCAGCAGAUGUGCGGUAUCAACAUCAUGGCCUUCUACUCCUCGACAAUCUUCCGCGAGGGCGGUGCCUCUGAUAUCGAAGCCCUCCUCGGCUCGUUCGGCUUUGGUGCUGUCAACUUCCUCUUCGCUAUCCCGGCCUUUUUCACCAUCGACACUUUCGGUCGUCGUUCACUACUGCUGUUCACCUUUCCCCAGAUGGCAUGGACACUGCUUGCUGCUGGCUUCUGUUUCUAUAUCCCAAAGUCCAGCGCGGCUCACCUGGGUAUGAUCGCUUUCUUUAUCUAUGUCUACGCCGCAUUCUACUCUCCUGGUGAGGGACCAGUCCCCUUCACCUACUCGGCCGAAGUCUUUCCCCUUUCUCAUCGCGAGGUCGGUAUGGGCUGGGCUGUCGCAACAUGCUUGUUCUGGGCGGCUGUCUUGUCCUUGACCUUCCCCAAGAUUCUCGACCAAUUCACCCCGACUGGUGCAUUCGGGUUCUUUGCCGGAUUGAACAUUAUCGCCCUGAUCUGGAUCUUCCUGUGGGUACCAGAAACUAAGCAACGCACCCUGGAGGAACUCGACUACAUCUUUGCUGUCCCGACACGCAGAUUCAUGUCGUAUCAGACCGGUACAUGGCUGCCUUGGUUUGUCAAGCGAUACAUCUUCUGGAACAAGAAUGCCCAGCUGAAGCCUCUGUAUACCUUUGAUCAGGGGAUUGUUGAGGACAUUAGACAGCAACGCAAUGAGUCCAUCACGCGUCCGGCCGGCACUACAGAUGUGCAGGAAACCACCCAGAAGCGGGACGACUCUUCCUAA